AUGUGUGUACGAGUAUACUACAAUAUCGACAUAAAUGAUUUGAAAAGAAAGUACAACUGCAAGCAAAUUCUGAACGAUGAAAAAUUAAAGAGAGGAAUGAUAAAUAAGAAAAAUUACAUGCCCAUUAUCUACGAGACCGCUGAAAAUGGAAAGGAAAACAAAACACCACAAAAAAUCAAACUAAUUCAAGUUUGCUUGUGGGGACUAAAACCAUACAACUACGGAAAAUUCGACAAGGAAGUUCUUCUAAUUAACGCGAGAGUGGAGAGUCUACAAUGGAAGAAGUCGUUCAACGUGCUAAUCAAUAAGAAUCGAUGCGCCAUUGUGGUUAACGGCUACUUCGAAUGGAUGGAGAACAGGGGCUCUUCAAAAAAAACCCCAUAUUUUCUAUUUUUUGGAAAGGAUGAAAAUUCUUCUGAAGAAGUAACUGAAGGAAAACUCGAAAAGAAUUUUAAAGAAUUAGCUGUGGAAAAGACGGAAGAAAAGAGCGAAGAAAAAGUUAUCCCCAGAAUAAAGGAAGAGGGAGAGACCACUAGUAUUAAGGUAAAGAAAGAAAUAGAGUUGGACGAAAAGAAUAAGGGCGAGAUUAAGAAGGAAGAGGAAGAAGAAUCUACUAUAGCAGAUAGGGGCGCUCUAAAAAGAAAAAUAGAAGGAGAGGAAAAGAGUGAGAAGAAAAAAAUCAAAACAGAGUUACCCAGCGAAGGUAAUUUUAAAAGAGCAAAUAAUUCUAAUACAGAUCUGGAGGAAGAUGACCAAGAGGAGAAGUCCCAUGUGAUAAUUGCAGGCCUUUACAGCAUCUCCAAUAAGGACAAGAACGAUUGCAGAUACACCAUAAUCACAACCGCUAGCGAGAAUUCCGCUGUUAGAGACAUCCACGACAGAUGCCCCCUUUUGCUAAGUGAAAACACUCUAAGUUUGUGGUUGGACGUGGAAAAAAAGUAUGAAGACAUUAUAGAAAGUGUCAAGCAGGAGCACCAAGUUGUUUCGAACAACUUGAAGUUUAGGGAAGUUAAGAGCUGGACUGAUUAUGCAAGCAAAUAG